GCGACUCUGGAGAAAAUUAGUGGCGAGGAGUCAGACAAGUCAACAUUUCCACAAGGAGUAGAAGUUUUUCGUCAAGAGUCUGCUUCCUGCUCAGCCGCUGAAUGAAAAGGGGAAUCAUCUAGGAUCAAAGUAAUGGCUGUCCAGGCUGGCAUCCAGGUGUGGUUUGGGGAGAAGUUUGACGCCCCCUCAUUGAGCCCCAAGAGCCCUCGCAGCCCAUUAGUGCAGCGGCACGGCCCCGGCCUCACAGAUGUCUUCCAGUAUGACCAGUGGUUGGCGGUGCGGCACGAGGCCACGCUGGUGCCCAUGCAGGAGGACUUGGCCAUAUGGCUCACUGGCAUGCUGGGAGAGGAGGUGAGAGCCGAGGUUUUCAUGGAGGACCUGAAUAAUGGUGUGAAGCUCUGCAAGCUUAUCGGUGUGCUGCAGACUAAGAUCGCUGAGAGCUGCCCCUCUGCGCUUAGCAAGCUGUUUCCUACAAGGAAGGUAGCAUGCAAGCGGGAUGCCUCUCCAGGCUCCUUCUUUGCUCGCGACAACACCGCCAACUUCCUGGCCUGGUGCCGACACAUCGGUGUGGAGGAGACCUACUUGUUUGAGUCGGAAGGCCUCGUGCUGCACAAGGAGCCUCGACAGGUUUGCCUCUGUCUGCUGGAGAUCGGUCGCAUCAUCUCCAAGUACGGCGUGGAGCCUCCUGUGCUGGUGAAGCUGGAGAAGGAGAUCGAAAUGGAAGAGACUCUGCUCUUGACAGAGGAGCCGCCUCCGGCGGUCAAAACCUUCAGCGUGUGUUGCCAGCAUGGCGGCCUCUACCAACCCGGGGAGCAUGACAUGGACAACCCACCCUGCAACUGCUCUAACAGAGUGUCCAUCGAGUACCUGUCUGAGGGACGCUACAGACUCGGAGAUAAGACCAUCUUCAUUCGGAUGCUUCAUGGCAAACAUGUGAUGGUGCGCGUCGGUGGCGGCUGGGACACCCUCCGAGGUUUCCUGCUGAAAUACGACCCGCUGCGGGUACUGCAGUUCACCACUCUGGAACAGAAGAUCCUGGCCUUCCAAAAAGGCCCCCCAGGCCUCGGGGGUCAUCAUGGGAGUUCAGCUCCUCCUCCUGACAUGGACCCGCUCGCUGCUGUCACUGAUCUCAUGUCACCUUCAUCCUCCUCUUCAUCUUCUUCCUGUUCUACCUCUUCCUCCUCUUCGACUCAAGCCUGUAAGCCAGCGUCUGUGUCCGCCGUAGGUCAGACGUGUCGGUCCUACAACGCCUCUCCAGCCUGCACACCCACAAUGCCCAGGAAGGGUUCAGUGUGUGCGCCUAAGAAGAACAUCCAGAUGACUGGGUCCUUCCCCAGGAAGCCUACCCAGCUUCCUCUGCCUGUGACCUCCAAAGGUUACUCCUCUAAGCCCCACACGCCUGUGGGAAGCACUUCCAGGCAGUCUCCUAGCCCUGGGUGUCAGGGUAGAGCUCUGACUUCUGCCGCAGCUCCAUCACCUGCUGCUGUGGAUCCAAGCUCCACCUCCAAAUUAAAGCUCAGCAAUGAGGCCACAGUCAAAACUAAGGGACCGGCCGUCAACAAAACAGCCGCCACCCCCUCACGCAGUACUGCCGAGUCCCCCGGGCGGGUCCCAGGGGGCAACUCGGGCCCUUCUGCUUCCAACAAAGCCAAUCAGAAAACGGCAGUCACAGCUCAGAGGGCAGGGCGAAAACAAGCAGCCGCAACUAACGCCAUCAAGCCGACUCUAAAACCGGAACCCGCCCGAGCACCGCAAAACUCCUGCCCCAACAUCAGAGCUGUUAAAACAGAGCCCAGCAUCAGGAAGAAGGUCCCACAACUGAAAGGGAAAAGCGAGGCGCAUUAUUUUGAAAUGAGCAGUAAGAGGAGGCAGAAGACCUAA